CUGCAUGACGGCCCGCCAUGGCUGAAGGAGGUCCGGACGCGGGCUCCGCGCCCCCCACCCCUUCCAUGUCCUCCCUGCCCCUGGCAGCGCUCAACGUGCGAGUGCGGCGCCGCCUGUCGCUCUUCCUAAACUUGCGGGCGCAUGUGGCGGCCGACUGGACCGCGCUGGCGGAGGAGAUGGGCUUCGAGUACUUGGAGAUCCGGCGGCUGGAGACGCAUGCCGACCCCACGGGCAGCCUGCUGGACGACUGGCAGGGACGACCCGGCGCUUCGGUGGGCCGCCUGCUCGAGCUCCUCGGCAAGCUGGGCCGCGACGACUUGCUGAUGGAACUGGGACCCAGUAUCGAGGAGGAUUGCCAAAAGUAUAUUCUGAAGCAGCAGCAGGAGGCAUCUGAGAAGCCUUUACAGGUGGACUCUGUAGACAGCAGCAUUCCUCGGACGAGAGAUCCGGCGGGCAUCACCAUUUGCGAUGACCCCCUGGGGCAAAUGCCUGAGCGUUUUGAUGCCUUCAUCUGCUACUGCCCCAGCGAUAUCCAGUUUGUACAGGUGAUGAUCCAGGAGCUGGAACAGACAAACCAUCGGCUGAAGUUGUGUGUAUCUGACCGCGACGUCCUGCCUGGCACCUGCGUCUGGUCCAUUGCCAGUGAACUCAUUGAAAAGAGGUGCCGUCGGAUGGUGGUGGUUGUCUCUGAUGAUUACUUGCAAAGCAAGGAAUGUGACUUCCAGACUAAGUUUGCACUCAGCCUCUCUCCUGGUGCCCAUCAUAAGCGACUGAUCCCCAUCAAGUACAAGUCAAUGAAGAAAGAGUUCCCCAGCAUCCUGCGGUUCAUCACUGUCUGCGACUACACCAACCCCUGCACCAAGUCCUGGUUCUGGACUCGCCUUGCCAAGGCCCUGUCCCUGCCCUGAACUGCCCUGAGUCCCUGGGUAUGUGUGCAUCUAUCUGCCUGUACAUGUACUUCUACCCCUGCCUCCACCUGCAGUUGUACGGGGAAUCUGUGCUCCACUGGCCUCUUGAUUCCUGGACAUGCCAACUCCAAAGACACAGCUGCAGCCAUUGUACAUAUCUGGACAUCACAUCUCAUGUCCUGCAUAGAACAUGUGGCUGCAAGUGGCACACCCACUUGCUGUUAUCAGCCAGGACAGUAAAAACGAGAGCCAGCCGGGACUAAGAGGAAGACCAGAAGUGCCAGCUCUGAGCCAUCCACACAUCUUAGGCCUCAGUUUCUCCACCUGAGAACUAAGUAGGGUGAGGAGAACAGGCAGUAGCUGUGUUCGAAUGAUUGUGGGAAAUGGUGAAGCACUGUUCUGAGUCUCCUGG